GUGGGGGGUGCUCCGCCCCUUGGCAGGCCUCUAUGGCCAAUGGAAUGGCCUUAGAAGAGACCCGGGUGCCUCCGGAGCUUCAAAAACGUGUGAGGAGUGAAGAGGGUGCAGUCGGAGCUUCAGCUGCUGCAUUAGUCCUCAGCGUCAGUGCCACCGCUGUCCCAGACACAGUCCACCGGCCAGCAUGUCCUCUGCUCACUUCAACCGAGGCCCUGCCUAUGGGCUGUCAGCCGAGGUCAAGAAUAAGCUGGCCCAGAAGUACGACCUCCAGCGGGAGCAGGAGCUGAGAGAGUGGAUCGAGGGGGUGACAGGGCGCCGCAUUGGCAACAACUUCAUGGAUGGCCUCAAGGACGGCAUCAUUCUUUGCGAGUUCAUUAAUAAGCUCCAGCCAGGUUCUGUGAAGAAGGUGAAUGAGUCCACCCAAAACUGGCACCAGCUGGAGAACAUUGGCAACUUUAUCAAGGCCAUCACCAAGUAUGGGGUGAAGCCUCAUGACAUCUUUGAGGCCAAUGACCUGUUUGAGAACACCAACCACACUCAGGUGCAGUCCACCCUCCUGGCCCUGGCCAGCAUGGCCAAGACGAAAGGAAACAAGGUGAAUGUGGGGGUGAAAUAUGCAGAGAAGCAGGAGCGGAAAUUUGAGCCUGAGAAGCUAAGAGAAGGGCGGAACAUCAUCGGACUGCAGAUGGGCACCAACAAGUUUGCUAGCCAACAGGGCAUGACAGCCUAUGGCACUCGGCGCCACCUCUAUGACCCCAAGCUUGGCACAGACCAGCCCUUGGACCGGGCCACCAUCAGCCUGCAGAUGGGCACCAACAAGGGUGCCAGCCAGGCCGGCAUGACUGCACCAGGGACCAAGCGCCAGAUCUUUGAGCCUGGGCUGGGCAUGGAGCACUGUGACACACUCAAUGUCAGUCUGCAGAUGGGCAGCAACAAGGGGGCCUCACAGAGGGGCAUGACCGUAUAUGGGCUGCCACGUCAGGUCUAUGACCCCAAGUACUGCCUGAAUCCCGAAUACCCAGAGCUAGGCGAGCCUGCCCACAAUCACCACCUGCAUAACUACUACAACUCUGCCUAGGGGCUGGUGGCUUUCCCUGCCUUCCCUGCCCUCCCCCCACCCCACAGGGAGGCUGGCUGCUGCUCUUGGCUGGGCCUAGUGGAGCCUACUAGGUCCAGCCAACCCCCUCUCCCUGCAUGGUACCCUCCAGCCCCCUUGGCACCUGCCUACAGGGUUAGAGUUUGGUGAGAGCAGCCUGAGGGCCCCGGGGGGGGGGCCCUCCCUGUAGUGCUACAGGGUCCAACAUAGAGCUGGGUGUUCCCAACAGCACCCAAAGGAUGCACUGAGCAAAGCUAUUCCAGCUGUCUUUCCACUCCUUCACAAGUGGGUACCCCAGGACUAGAAACCCCCCCCUCCAAGCAAAGCCCCCAGAGCCCAGGCUCGACCUGCCCCACCCUGUCCCUGCAGUGGAAGCAAACUGCAUGCCCAGAGACCCAGCGGACACACGCAGUUUGGUUUGCAGCGACUGGUGUACAUGGAUGUGACAGCAGCGUUUGGAACGCAAGCACUUUUUCUAUUUCACUGGAGCACAAUAAAUGGCUGUAAAAUCACC